CCUCUUUGCCACGAAAGCAAGAAGUUAUCUGAUAAAAUGGCAGUUGUCUCUUUCUGGAUGAAAACGCGUUUAGUAGAACUACGAGAUUGAAACCAUGUGAUUUGACAAAACGACGAGUCGCUUACCCGUAAACUGGACUUUGGUCCACUCCGUUUGCCGUAAUGAGUCGAACUGGUUUGUUAUCCCUGGUAGUAUGUCUUUCUCUUGUUUAUGCCGGUGGCGAAUCCAGUCAUUCAUCAAUGACGCCCGAAGAGAAGCACACAAUGAGGGACAAGGUUUUGGAGAUGUUUCGCCAUGCCUACGACUCUUAUAUGGACCAUGCUUAUCCUGCUGAUGAGCUUAUGCCACUUAGCUGUAAAGGCCGUGUGAGAGGUGUGGAAGCCAGCCGAGGGGAUGUUGAUGAUGCCCUUGGGAAGUUUUCCUUGACAUUGAUCGACACAUUGGACACAUUAGCAGUUCUAGGAGAUGUAGAGGAGUUUGAAAAGGCUGUGCGACUGGUGAUCAGAGAUGUUUCAUUUGAUAACAAUGUGGUGGUUUCAGUGUUUGAGACAAACAUAAGGGUCUUAGGGGGACUUCUUGGAGGGCAUUUUGCUGCAAUAGCAUUGAAGACGGCUGGCAAAGGCAUGCUGUGGUAUAACAAUGAACUGGUGCCUAUGGCAAAGGAAAUUGGCUAUCGACUGCUACCAGCCUUCAAUACCUCCACUGGCAUACCCUAUCCUCGUGUCAACCUAAAGUAUGGAAUCCACCACCCAUCUUCAGGGACAGGUAGUGAGUCAGACACUUGCACUGCUUGUGCUGGAACAAUGAUCAUGGAAUUUGGUGCACUGUCCAGACUCACUGGGGAUCCAAUAUUUGAGGCAAAGGCACAGAAAGCUAUGGAGGCAAUCUGGAUCCACCGCAGCCGGGCUAGUGAUUUGGUUGGAACCGUAAUUAACAUUCACAAUGGGGACUGGGUUCGGAGAGACAGUAAUGUUGGUGCUGGUAUUGACUCUUACUAUGAAUACUGUUUGAAAGCCUAUAUUCUUCUUGGAGAUGAAACUUACUUGGAAAGGUUUAACAAGCACUACAAGUCUAUAAUGCAGUACAUAAACCAAGGCCCAUUGUUCCUGAGUGUUCAGAUGCAUCAACCCGACAGAACAACACAUGCUUACAUGGAUGCUCUACAAGCAUUCUGGCCAGGACUUCAAGUGCUUAAAGGUGACCUGAAGAAAGCCAUUGAAAUGCAUCAGAUGUUGUACGAGGUCUCCAAGAAACACACCUUCCUACCAGAGGCAUUUACCACAGAUUUUGAGGUUCACUGGGGACAGCAUCCUCUCAGACCUGAGCUUGUGGAAAGCACAUACUUCCUUUAUGAGGCCACAGGGGAUCCAUAUUAUCUUGAUGUUGGAAAGCAUAUCGUGGAAAAGAUAAAUGAACAUGCUAGGGUAUCCUGUGGUUUUGCUGCUCUUAGGGAUGUCAGAACACUAAGUCAUGAAGACAGGAUGGAUUCAUUUGUCUUAGCUGAGACAUUCAAGUACCUGUAUCUGUUGUUUACUGAAAAAGAAGAUCUGGUGUUCAACAUGAACCAGUUUAUUUUUACAACGGAGGCUCAUCUGCUGCCUCUUAGUCUGUCUACAAUGGCUGUGAAUGCAUCAGCAUCACAGGAACUCAAAUAUAAUUUGACUUUAAGUGCAGACAAUGAGCAUGAGUAUACAUGCCCCAUAACACAACACGAUCAAGCGUCAACUGCAGAGUUUGCUAAAGAGGUGCGACGUAAAAGUAGAACACAAACACAGGAGAGCUGUCCUAACAAAAAGCAAGCCUUUGCUUUCAGCUCCAACAAGCCCCCACGUUUAAGAGCUGAACAGUUUGUACCUGGAAAUCAAGAACAUGUUAAAAUCCUUAAGUCCAUGGGCAUCACUGUGGUUCAAACGAAAGAUGGAAGAAUACAGCUCAUGCAAUCUGCUGCAUCGGCUGAGAGUCAAGCUGAUGCAGAAGAUGGCAUCAAGUUCAUGCAAGAGAUGAUUGAACUGGCAAAACAGCGCAAUGAUGAAUCAGUUGUUCAAGAAAACCCUCGUGUGGUCCAGCUUAUGUCUGCGCCUUAUAAGGGAAAUGUAGUUCUCAAUGCCUGUCCAGCACAGUUUGGCUUAGAUCUGAGCAAAGGAGAUGUUGGGAUGGGUGCAGAGGUUUCCAUCGCUGAGCCUAUUAAGGCAUGUUCCUCUCUCGUUAAUGCAGAGGAGCUGAAGCACAGAAUUGCUGUGAUAGAAAGGGGCGAGUGUAUGUUCAUCGACAAGGCCCGGCAGGCUGAGGCUGCAGGCGCGGUUGGUGUGAUCAUCAUCGAUAACAACGAAGGUAGCUCGAGUGAUAAGCAGCAGAUAUUUGCCAUGGCUGGCGAUGGUUCCAAUGAUGAUGUCAAGAUUCCAGCCGUGCUUCUGUUCAGUGAGGAAGGGCGUAUACUGAAGAACGCCAUAGCGGCAAUGGAGGACGUUAAUCAGCACCUUACAGUGCGUCUAGCCUCCAAAGCUACUGGGAUGUCGGCUAAGAAAGAACCUCCAGUUGCUGGACAACUGGAAGAGGAGCCAUCAGUUGCAAAAGAAUCGCAGGAAAACCAACAAUCUGUCAUAGAAGAAAAUCAGCCGUCCUCUGACGCUGAAAAUGUUCAAACAUCAUCUGGAAAUAAAGCCAUUCACAGCAGUGAUAUUGAUCAAAACGAGGCAUUGCAGGAUAAACAAUCACCGCAAACCAACGAAAAAAGAACAGCCUCAACAAAAUCAUCUGAAAAUGAGGAAACGCCUGUAAAUCCAGGUGUCGUGUCUGUGGGACAGAAUGAAGUGUUUUGCGCUGCCACAGGCAGACCAUGCACUAAUCCGAGCACCGAGCAUGCUCACGAACAUCAAGCUGACUCAGCAAGUCAGGCUGAGACGAUAAACAGCGAGAGUAUUGAUACAGAAGUGAUAACGUCUCCAGAGAACUCUGCAUUUGACAGUGACAGUGAAACUAGUACUGAAGCAACUCAGUCAAGUCAAAUUACAAACGACUGUUCUAUAGAAAGUGAACAAAAUACACAAAGAACAGAACACAAGAACGAUGAAAAAACUCAGGACGAACACACUGAGAAUGUGGACGCUACUGUGAGGACUUAAAUGCAACGAAAUGUUUCCAUCAUUCAAUUAUUAUUAUCAAUCGUAGAUGUUUACACUAUAACGUCAUUUAGGAAUCCCUAAAGAUUUGUUUUGUUUUCUCGUGCCAAUAGUUAUUUAAGCGGCGCAAUUAAAUAGCAGUGAAUUGUAAAUGAUACAGGAAAAGGAAGUGAAAAGCUCAUUUCGGGGGAGAUGGCAAAUGUUAUGUUGAAAGAUGAAGCAUUCCCGACCCAAAACAGAACCAUAAACCUUCGCGCGCAUACUCUUGGGUUCAGUCUUUUCUAAGUGAGCCAGUAAUCAAAUGACGUCAGAGUGCAAACAUCUUAUUGUAGAUUUAAUAAUGGGCUAAUAUGAAGAAGAAAACAGUUGGGGGAAGAAAAGAAUUUUUCCUUAUUUAUUGUCCAAUCAAGAACUCGGUCGACUUGUAUUCGAAAACUAAGUUAAUCCUGGGAGACUCAAAUGACCAAGCGCCUCCUGAAAUAUUAUCAAGCGCUUCUGUAGGUCAUUAAUUAGUAAGAGGGAAAAUAUAUUGCAACUUUAAACAUUCAUGAUCGAUUACAUAACGAACCAUGUCAUGGUCUCGUAUGUGAUCGUUUUAAGGGUGGGUGGGAGGGGAGGGUGGCUUAUGUGCUAGCAAAACAAAAAACAUUUGAAGAGGGUAAGACAAACUUAUCAGAUUGACUAAAAGUUUUAUCUUCUGCAUGUUCUCUUCGUACCUUUCCUUGUGCGAAGUAACUAUUUAGAUAGGAACAUCUUGUAAUUUUAUGCCUUUGCUGUUUCUUUGCGGUUAGAGUGGUAUUCAAAUUUGUUCUGUUUGUGUCAACUGGCGCACCUUGUUCUAUCCAACUUUGAAUCAUUUUGAUAUAAUUUUUGUCCAAUCAGGAGUAAACCCAGCCUUAUCGCGAUUAGGCUCAAGCUUGUAGUCUCGGCGUGUUUUCCCGAUUGUUUUAAUGCUAGUGAUACUGUCAUGACUGGCUUGUGUUUUCUCUAGGUGUGGUUUUGUCAGUGAUUAACUUAAGCCAGUGAUUGACAUGUGGCAAACUUUCAAUCUGAUUGGCUAAGCACGCACCUACUGUCAAUGGAUAGAAGGUCCUUGGAGGGUGCGGUUAUGCUAAAAUAAUUAGCCUGUACACUGUUGGUAUCGACGUUAGUGGAGAUGGGGUAGACAGUCAUCCGAGAAACAAACCGACAGUACAGUCUAAUUAAUUAGAAAACCGCUCUAUAUCUGAGGGAGCGCUUUCUUAAUAGUAGAGUCGCUAAACCACUCUAUAUGACGGUUUAUCCUCUCACUCUCAAGUGUGAUCAAGUUUAACCUAAAUUUGAUUUUGCAAUUCUGCUUUACUAGCUUUUAUUUUGGCACAAAUCAGAGCCGGUAUUAAUCAUAGACUUAACUGUUAGAGAAAACCUUUUAAUCGGAUCUUCUCCUUACCAAACAAUUUACUAACGUUCACCACAAGUAUUGUAAUGGUCUAUUUCUACCAAACAAAACUCGGAGUUUUUUUAGACUUUCUUAUUAAAAUCCUUCGCGGUUGUGUAUCAAGGUUUGAGUGUUGCAAACAUUUUUUUCUUUCGAUCUCAACAAGUCUAGGGUGUUUUUUUUUCCCAAGGUUCUCUUUUCUUUCAGCUUCAAAUACCAAUACAGGACAACAUUCUUCGUUAACGUUCAUGGCCGGACAGGGAGUCCUGGCACUUCUAGGGAAACGUUCAAAUUUGAAAUUGAUAUGUUAUUUUGCUUGGAAAAACCUUAAGAAUAUAUUUGGGAUUGAUAGCUUUCAUAUUGUAAAUAGAAAUAUAAGCAGUGCAUCAGUGUUAUUGAACUUGAGGAAUGUGACAAAGUUAAUGUUCCUCCAGUUACUCUGCUCGCAGCCGGAUAUAAUGAGGAACGGUUGCGACUCUUCAAUUUUGAAAUUAAAAGAAUGCUAAAUAAAACCUUAAACGAGGUGUA